GGCAUUUACCGGCACAGAGCAAGCGGAGACAACGGGCGAGGCGGACGGAAGACGGACAAGCAGGGAGACGCUUCUGUCGCUGUCGACGACUCCACAACACACGCGCGCGCAGGAUUGGACUUUUACGCUUCAUUUCCAUUUCCGCAAUCAAUGAAGGAGAGACGCUCGUGUCAGAAACUAUCUCUGAAAUCCGGCAUGGAGCCCAGUCAGAGCGUGAAGUGUAAGAUAGUGGUGGUGGGGGACAGCCAGUGCGGGAAGACCGCCCUGCUUCACGUGUUCGCCAAGGACUGUUUCCCCGAGAGCUACGUCCCCACAGUGUUCGAAAACUACACAGCCAGUUUUGAAAUCGACACGCAGAGGAUUGAGCUCAGUUUGUGGGACACCUCAGGAUCUCCGUACUACGACAAUGUGAGGCCUCUCUCUUACCCAGACUCGGACGCUGUCCUCAUCUGUUUCGACAUCAGCCGCCCUGAAACCCUUGACAGCGUACUGAAAAAGUGGAAAGGGGAAAUCCAGGAGUUUUGUCCCAACACCAAGAUGCUGCUGGUCGGAUGUAAGUCGGACCUGCGCACCGACCUGAACACGCUGGUGGAGCUUUCCAACCACAGGCAGACGCCAGUCUCCUACGACCAGGGUUCCAGCAUGGCCAAGCAGAUCUCGGCGCCCUACAUCGAGUGCUCGGCCCAGCAGUCGGAGAACAGCGUCAGGGACAUCUUCCACGUGGCCACGCUGGCCUGCAUCAACAAGAGCAACAAGAACGUCAAGCGCAGCAAGGCCCCCCGCGGCAACAAGAGGAUCUCACACAUGCCCGGCAGGCCCGACCUGGCGGCCGUGGCCUCGGACCUGCGGAAGGACAAAGCCAAAAGUUGCUCGGUCAUGUGACCGAUCAGACUUAGGGGGAUCGGACUGAGAACGAGGACCGGGCACAGUGCGAGCAGGGAGCUGUGGGGCGACGCUCUUUCCUGCAUGCUAAAGACCCCUUGUUUGUCUGGAGAGGGGUUUUAUAGGCUUCAAUUCAUGUUCAUGUCGCUGGAAAACUCAACGCGUAGCAGCAUUCCCACCCACGUGAAACACCCCCCCCCCCCCUGCCCUGCCCCGCCAGACGAUGAAGCUACCCGUCAGCGAGCUAGUUGCCCGGGGAAGUGACCCGCUUCCCUCCGGGGAGGACGGAGCGGACACGGUUCGAGGCAGGAAAUGAGCAGGAGUGAUGUCAUUAGUAUACGCUCAUUCGUGAACGGAAGAGGGGUUUAAGAGCAUGUGAUCAUUUGAAGGAGAGCCAAAAGCGGCGAUGGAGGAGGGAGGGGGGGGGGUUUGCUGGCGUUUGUGCCGGAUCAAAGACCUUUUGCUCGUUCCUGUGACUGUUAGACACUAGAAAGAGGAACUUCUCAGUGCUGCACAAAGGAAACCUGCCGCUGUGUGUCCCGUGUCUCUUGAUGUGUCGUCGGUAUAAUGUGAAGUCGUCGGUGUGUAACCCGCAUCAUUGUUUUGUUUUUAGCCCCACCCUGUUGUUUCAACCACGAACCGCUGAGCGAUCCUUGAGUUGACAACCGCACGUCUGUAGCAGUCGGACCGCCAUUCUGUGCCCGUUAAUUUCACGCCAACAGCUACAGACAACACAAAGACAGAUCAUCCUAACUGUUCUCUACGCUGACAGGUUUAUGGACUCCUGUUGUAUCGCACCGGGAGCCGCGAGCAAAAGGACUCAAAGCUGUGGGUCGGCCUCCAGGAUUUGCCCAAUGAUUCCUCCAUCUUAUAAACAAAUGCAGCGUCAAUUAGUGACACUGAAAUAUCUGUCAUUACACGUUUAAAUACCCUUUUAAUGGACCCUUAAUGGGUCGGAGAGCUUUAGUCGAAGUGAAAAUGUGUUUAAUUGUGUAAAAUCGUCUGUUUUGACAGCUGGUUUGAGCAAUGAGUCAUUUUCCCACCGCACUUUAAGGAGGGAGUGUAUAUGCAAGCAACAAUUAAAGCUUGUUUAUUAGAAUCUUAAACGUCAGAGCCGCUCUGCUUUUUCCCUGAAAUGUGUAGACUCCACUGUUGGGUAAAAUCCUCAUAAAGGCCCCGUCACGCCAGCAAACCGCUUGGAUCCGUCAAUUGUUUGUCGUUUUUUCAUUCAACAUGUUACAGACUAAAUGACUAAUCAGGAAGAUAAUCAGCAGAUUAAUAAAUAAUGAAAACGAUCAUUGGCACUACUUGAUUGAAUGUACAAUACUGAGAAUAAAACGGCAGAGGCUGUCAUUGGCAUAGACGGAAAAUAAAAAAGUGAAGCUAAUGGAGCUACAUUUGAGUUAGCUAGGUUGGCUAGUGCGUUAGCGGUUAGCUCACCAGCAACAGCAGCUCACCAACAAAUAUUGCGAAGACGAGGAAAAAGAACUCUGCUGUUUCCACUCUCUGGUGUGACCGGGCCGUCACUGGAAUCUGAUUUUAUGUAAACAACAUAUGUGCGUUAAUUCGAAAAUGAGCGACUUUUCUAAAGUCUUGAGGAACAGUGUUUACAGUGUAAAUUUGUGUUGUUUUUUUCCUCCAACAGUACAGUUAAGGAUCUGUUUAAAUAUCAACGGUAUUGAUGCACUUUUAAUGUAACGUCCCUGAUUUAUCUUGCUCAAAUGCCCGCGCUGUAACAUUUGGCAGCUCAGUCGCCCAUCUUGAUUUUCUUAUCUGUCCCCCCCCCCGGUGUGCAUUGUCAUGUUUUCUUGAAUGUUGAUGUCACCUUCGGUUGUCUUUGCCAAUGUUGUUUCCGCAGUAUUUAUUGAAUUAUAUAUUUUCCCUUUUGAAUAAAUGCAAAUGAAAUUGAA